AUGCCGUUCGUCAAGAAACUCAAGUCGAGCGCUUACUUUUCGCGCUUCCAGGUCAAAUACCGCAGAAGGAGAGAGGGAAAGACCGACUACUAUGCCCGCAAGCGUCUCGUGACACAGGCAAAGAACAAAUACAACGCGCCUAAAUACCGCCUUGUAGUCCGCUUCACCAACAAGGAUAUCAUUGUUCAGGUCGUCUAUGCCCGACUCCAGGGAGAUUUCGUCCUGACUGCCGCUCACUCAAGAGAGCUUCCAAGAUACGGCAUUAACCAUGGUCUUACUAACUGGACUGCCGCCUAUGCUACCGGUCUUCUGUGCGCUCGUCGUGCCCUCACCAAGCUCGGACUGGCCGACAAGUAUGAGGGUGUUGUUGAGGCUGAUGGAACCCUGACUCACAUCGAGGUUCUCGACGAAGAAGAUGCUCCUCGCCCCUUCAAAUGUUACCUCGAUGUCGGUCUCAAGCGCACAUCUACUGGUGCCCGUGUUUUCGGUGCUAUGAAGGGAGCCAGUGAUGGCGGUAUUUUCAUCCCCCACUCUGAAAAACGUUUCCCUGGAUAUGAUCCUGAAUCCAAGGAGCUCGAUGCUGAAGUGCUCAAAAAGUACAUCUUUGGUGGCCAUGUUGCUGAGUACAUGGAGAGUCUCGAGGAGGAAGAUGACGAACGCUUUAAAAAGCAGUUCUCCACCUAUCUCGCUGAUGGCAUUGGUUCUGAAGAUAUUGAGGAGAUCUACACCAACGCCUACGCUGCCAUCCGUGAGGACCCUACCUUCAAGCCCACCGAGAAGACCACCGACUGGAAAUCCGAAUCCGUCAAAUACAAAUCCAAGAAGCUUACUCAUGCCGAACGCCAGGCCAACAUCGCCGCCAAGAUCGAGAAGUUCAAGGCUGGUGGUGGCGCUGCAGACGAGGACGAGGAGGACGAGGAGUAG